AUGACUCCAGAGAACAUAGUAUCAGGUGGCAGUCAUCAGGCCUCUGGCCCAUUAGCAAAGAGCGGAUAUUUAAGCGAGCAGGCUUUGAUCUUGCUAAUCUUCCUCAGGCAGCUGGUAUUCCAUCUGAUGCUGCAACACCUCCUCCACAGCCUGAUCAGUAUAAUACGAUUCUACGCUCGUUCGAGUCGGCCACGCCUGAACGCAGGGAGAAGCUAUACAAAUACCUCAAGGACUGCUACCUGCAUAAAUGCUGCAGUACUGAUCUACUCCGCCACGAACUACUUGAGCUACGCAAAAAGACUAGAGUUCCGCACUGCUCAACGUCAGCUGCAUGAGAAAGGUGCAUUCGUCCGGGCAGAUGGCGUGGUUCUUGACCUCACAGAGGCAGAUAAGAACCAACGUGCCUCUAUACAAAAGAAGGCAGAAAAGGAAGCGAAACAGCAAGCAAAACCAGCAAAAUCUGAUGCUUUGAAGCAACGGGCGGAUACAGAUCACGAUACGCCUACAGUGCCUGCAAAAAAGCGUCGUAUUCCUGCAAUCACUACACCUGUUCCAACGCGUGAGCCGCUUAACCAAACACCUAGUCUGCCACCUAGUCUGCCAAGUCAACCUAUACAGACAUCCUACACACCUGCUCACGCCCGUCUCUAG